AUGCGCGCCCCGCCCGAGGCCGCCUCCGGGGACGACGAUGCGACCAAACAGAAACGUGAGCUGUGGAAGACGUGGUGGUUCGAGGCCAGGAACGCCGGCGCGCUGGACGUCCUCGCGAAGAUGCCCGACGCCAAAAUAGACGCCAAGACGUCGUCGAGGAUCGAUCCGCGCGCGAAGCAGGCGUGGGUGCCUGGGGGGUACACGGCCGUCACGCUGGCCGCGCAGAGGAACGACGCGGAGUCAAUCGCGCUGCUCGCGAGCUUGGGCGCGGACCUCGACGCGAGGGACGACAACGGCGCGGCGCCCUUGCACCACGCAGCGUACGAAAACGCGGUGAACGCUAUCGAAGCGUUGCUCGACGGAGGGUGCGAUCCGAACAUCAAGGAUGACAGAGACGGCUCCACGGCCGUGAUACUGGCGGCGUACGGUAUGAGAAGAGCGGCGCUCAACGCAUUGAUCGACAAGCACCCGGCGGUGGACCUGACGCUGCGGGACGUGGGCAACGCGACGGUGGCGGGACACUGCGCGCAGCGGAGGCUUUGCGAAGAGCUCACGAAAAUUUUGAAGCUUUGCGGACCAGGCGGUGCCUCGCAGCUGCGGCGCGGGCAGAAGGAUUACCUGGCCAAGAAGAAGCAGCUGACGGGUCAGCUCGAGGUGUUGACGGACGAGCAGCUCAGGGAGGUGGCGCGGUCGUGGCGGGCGAGGGCGAAAGACGAUGACGAUAAGAAGGCCAUCAUCGUCAAACUGCUGCAGGCGACGCCGUAG